CUAAAUUCGGUUAAUAUUGGUUGUUACUAAAAAAACUUGUAUGACUGCGGCUCGGACUCGGAAUAUAUAUAACCAAGGGAGCUCCUUUUGACGGAGGCUCAAGCUUGUGUAACGGCGCGGUAACUCAAUAUUUUAUUUACCGGAAGUUUGGUGGUGGUGGUAUUACUCUAUAAGUUAGUUGCAAAUGACAACGGAAUCAGGAAAAAAGAAGAGGACUCCACAGAUUCUAAAGACACAUACGAUGGCACUGAAACUUGCUGAGAAGUGGGUUGCCAAUAUGACAACUCCUGCAGAGGAUGAUCCUCCUAUUGAGGCUGAACAAGAAGUUCGACCAUCCAGGCUUGCACUUGGUGCUGAAGUGUCACGGCAAAUGAAGCGUAGACCUUCAGACGACCCUCUUGAUCAAAAGCUACAAGCCAAGUUUGAUGCAGGGAGAAGAAAAUAUGCAAGAUCUGAGGCAGAGUCCGCUGGUUCUAAUAAAAACGCUGGUGAUGAUAGUGAUGAGGAUGAUUACGAAUCAGAAAGCAAAAGCCAAGCGUUCGGAAAGAAAAGACAUUAACACAAGUAGGCCUCGUUAGAAUCAUGGCUUUUUUUUUUGUAUUUGGUUCAUUAUUGGAACGUGAUUGUUAGAAUAAGCAUAAUCUUUGUUUUAUUUAAAAGUUCAAGCCU